AUGGCAGAGAACACAAACCCCCCGCCGUCGUCGUACGUGCCCCCUCCACCCAGUGGCAGCAAUGGCACGUCCAAGCACUCACGCGUCACAAGUACCGUGGCUCAAAGCUUCGCCGAUGACCUCGACUCCAUGUUCGGCCUGGGAAUGGGCGGUUCCAGUGUGCGGACUACCGAAGGGGCUGCCCCGGCUGCGGAGGGGAGUGGCAAUGGAGAGGGGUUGAAUACAUUGAGCGAGACGGUAGAGGCGAAAAAGGAGAAAGUUACCUCCGGCCAAACCGAGCUCGAGAAGCUCGAAGCACGACUCCGCGAAACCGAGCAAAGGCUAGCCAAGGUCUCCCGCCAGAACUCGCCUUCACGACCCGCUAAUGGCGGUGCGGCCAGCGAUGGGUCGGACAAGCAAGCACAUCCCUUUGCACGGCGACCGACAUAUCCGGACGACCGACCACCUACAGGAGCUAGCAGCAGGCCGACAGCAGAGCGGGAAAACACGACAGAGAUGAUGAAGGGCAUGCCUGGGGGGAUGCCGCAGACGCCGUCGGGGCGGGACGACUAUGUGAUGGUGGAUAAGGGCAACAGGUAG